AGAUUAGAUAAAAGUGAGAAAUGGAUCGGUCAGUUAGCUUGAUCCUUUAGCCAUGGCCGGGCUUACAACGUUAAAGACUGUGGCGACCAUAUCAGCUAUCUCGUCAACAUGCCAAGGUCUUGCGUGGAGCGCUAUCACUUUGCCGGCGAUCCUCUGCUACGCGUGUAUCCUCAAACCGGAUCCAAUCACGAAAACCACCCCGCUCACACUGAUACACUACUUAGCAGCAUACUUUCAAGGCCCGUGCAAUGCUGAUUUGAAUUUCUACAAAGAAGUACAAGAAGUGACCUCACCAGAAAAUCUAUUGGUUAUUAAUAUAUUCUUCUACAUGUUCAACCUGCUUCUUGGAAUUUGUGGAAUAGUUGUUUUAGUAGCUAUUUCAACAAACAGAAAAAACCUGAUUAUUGGAUGGAUUUCAUUCUACGUAAUAAUUGGCUAUUGUGUAUGUGUAAUUGAUUUCGUCGCCAGCUCUUUUAUCGCCUCAGAUUAUGAUUAUAUAUCCACUUCCCCCUCGGUGAGGAAUCGCGGAAUGGCCGGAUUGACCCUGUUGUCGGUGUUCUUUUUCACCUGCAGAGGAAUAUUCCUUUGGGUUGCCAAUUUGUUUUUCUAUCUUUACAUUACCGCGUGUAUUUGUAAAAUAUCUUGUGGGAAAAAUAGUUCUGCUCGGCCAGAGACAGAUGUUGCGGAUAAUGCGGACACUUCCAUCCAGUUCGACAGGAAUGAAAUGGAAAAGCCGAUCGAAUACAUACAGAAGAACCGGGAUGCGGCUAGGCAAGAGUACCCAGAGCACUGCGCUUAUUCGAGAUGGCCCAGGCUCCACCCUGGUAAUCGGAUUGUUCAGCGGAAAGAACAGCAGACUCUGCAAGAAGAACUAGCGCAGAGGGCCCGGCGAUACGCACAGUACCAGCAGAAUCAGAUGCCGGCACAGCGUCAAAACGACCGGGACGACCCCUUUCCACCACCGGACAUCAGCAUCCGUCCAAAGACAUCACCGUACCCUGAACGGAUCCGCGGAGAACCGGAGCGAAUCGGGCAAACCUCGACUGGAGCCGAAACGAGACCCGGUUCACUCCAGGAAGCGAUACUCACUGUCAGACCCCUCCGGCACGUAAGACCUAACAUUUCACAUUUGUCUGAAAACUACCCAUAACUAUUUAAAAAAUAUAUACAUAUAUAUUGCUCAAAUUAAUUUAAUUUUUUUUAUAACGCCUCUACUACCUCAACUGGCGUUUGUCUUGUAACUUAAAUGCUUUUAGAAUGUACUUUUAAACUGAGGGACUAACCGAUUUUUCGCAAUUUUCUUAAUGUCUCACUUCUUUUGCACAAGUUGUCAUGUCUUCCUUACACGACAAAAAUUAAUAAACAAUUGAAAAUAAUAAACAUAAAGAUCAUUUCAUUGGAGUUUAAAUUUAAGGAAAUGGUCAAGUAGACGUCUCCAGCUCAGAUGUACAUGUGAUAGGUCCAAUUUAAGUGACGAUCCUCGCACAUAUCAGAAAGCACAUCUAAGCAAAGUAGGUUGCGACGUUUCCGCUUUAAAAACAACAUCGAGACCAGAUGAAGUUGGCCGAAACGGAAAUAUAACCCCUUUUGAAUAAAACUGAUUAUUUUUUUAUGUGCACCUUGUAAAAAUAAAAAAUAAAAACUACAAUCUAUUUUUUCUCUAAAAUUUUGUAGUUCUAUUGUUUCAAGGCUUUAUCAAGUAGAGUUUUUAAAUUAGUGUUCAUUUGCUGUCAAAUAUAAUGAGAGAAAAAUC